AUCCGAAAUUUGGACAGUGCAGCUAGGUGUUUAUUGGUACAGUGUGAUAUAGUGCUUCUACGCACAGAAUGAUGGAACAUAUUCCAUCAAUUUCUCUGUCUGGGAUAUCGAUAGCGCAUCCACUUUCCAUAUCGUCGGGUCAGACGCUCUCAAAUCAUUUUGGUAACAGUUCGGCUGUCGGUGCUGCAGGCGGAAGUCACAUCGAACAGCUGGCGGCAGCAGUCCAUCACCAUCAUCACCAUAACAAUCAAGCGACCAUCCAACAGGGUAGUAACGGCCAUCUCUCAUUGAAUUCACUGUGCGGCUUGCAAAGCCAACAUACAACCUCCCCGUCCACAACGUUGUCCGCUGGCAGUAACACCGUGGCCAAUAUUCCCUCGGUAUCGCAGAGCAAUCAGCAAAUAUCGCCCGCUCAUAAUUACAUUCUACAUCACGCCCACCACUCGACCCAUCUGCAAGGCGGAGCAUCCUUGCAUCACAACAGUUCCCCCUCGGUACAUACACACUCCCUGGCUGGAUCAGGGAGAUCGCUGCCGCUUAGGCCAAGCGACCACAUAACGGCACACCUGCCCAACAAUCUCAGCCACAACCACAUACCCGGAGAAACCUCGUCGGGCCCAUCUUCGGGCACUUCGUCAGCAAUUUCGUCGUCAAAUACCUCAGCCAUGGCUGCCGCAGCAGCAGCCCACCUGCACCACACCUCGCAAACGUCACAAAUGACAAACCUGCAUCAGAACAUGGGAUCACUAAUGAACACUGGUGGCAGUGCCAGUGAUGUUUUCUUCAGUCUGAUGAUACAGAACACAACGAAAAGACAGAACGAGGAACAUAUCAAACGUCCAAUGAACGCAUUCAUGGUCUGGUCACGGUUGCAACGCCGCAAAAUUGCACAGGAUAACCCCAAAAUGCACAACUCCGAAAUAUCAAAACGGCUGGGUGCUGAAUGGAAACUACUGACAGAAGAUGAAAAACGGCCUUUCAUUGAUGAAGCCAAGAGACUCCGGGCCAUGCACAUGAAGGAACAUCCCGACUACAAAUAUAGACCUCGAAGGAAACCCAAGGCACUUCGAAGAGAUGGCUACCCGUAUCCCAUGCCAUAUCCGUCGGUUCCCGUUGAGGCUCUUCGGGCUGGCAUUACACCAAGUUAUUUUGCGCCGGGCCCAGCAGCGGCCGCAGCUUAUCAUUUGGGCAGUCAUCUGACGCAAACCAACCCGCCAACAUCACAGAGCUCAAUUUCGGCGCAAAUGGAGGUUCCAAAAUUUGCCUUGGAUCGUAAUUCGUACCUCGGUUCCGCUGCUUCCGCUGGAUCUUUGUAUGAGUCAUCUAAGGCUGCCCAGGCCAGUGCGGCCUACAGUGCCUACUUGGACCCCAGUGUGCUGACCAAGGCUUACUUUGACUCCAAAAUGUAUCAGGACAGAGCGGCCAACUACGCCUUUGACAUAUCGAAAAUAUAUGGGGCUCAACAGCACAAUACAUCCGCAGCAGCAGCGGCAGCUGUCCACCAACAUCACCAACAACAGCAGCACCUGCUAAACGGUCUGGGUAUUCCAAGCCCACACAACAAUAACAACGCUUCAUCAAACAGUACUACCAACUUGGAGGAGCGAGACACGUCACCGACCCACCUUGAAUCAGGUGCAAACAACAAUGGCAGUGGUAUUGGUGGUAUACCCGACUCCAAAUCACACCUCCACUCGCCAAAUGACAGCCAGCUGGAGUAUUCCCAGUAUGGCCAGUACAACCAGGCCAGCACAAACUUCCAGAAUAAUGGCAUUUCAGCUCCAGCCCCAACAGCCAACAGUUCGUCAGUGUCAUCGGCAAGUAGUGGUGAUUUCCGAAGACCCCUCACAGUUAUAUUCUGACCGCCAUCCGAAGAGUGCGAAGAACUGAAUCUGUCCAUAACACAUUGAAGCAGCCCCAUUUGCAUCCACGCCAAGAUCAAGUACAAAGCCGUUUUCCUUACUAAGGAGUCAUCGACGGGC